CUACUCAUAUCACUUACUUAUUCCCUACUACUUAUUAUUACUCACAUCACUCUCCCCCCCAUUUCCCCUUAUUAUUACUUACUCUCGUAUUCUCACUCUCCCACCUUAUCUUUCCUUAUUUUCCCUACCUAUCUAUUAUACUACUUACUUAUACUCGUCUUAUUACUUACCUUAUCAUUACUCAUAUUAGCUUAUUACUUACCCUUACUUACUUAGUUAUAGCCACUAUUAUUUAUAUUACUUACUUAUUACGUAUUAUUAUCUCUCACCUUAUACUCCCCUUACUCUAUCCUCUUCUUCACCUUCCUUAUUUUACUUACCCAUACUUACUUCCUCACUUACUUAGCCAAUUAAUUAAUUCAUUUACCCUAUUUUAUUAUCACCUAUCAUCACUUCCCUACUCUUUCUUAUUUAACUCCCUUAUCUUUAUUUAUUUAUAUUUCUUAUUAUCUCCCUUACUUAUACCUACUAAACCCCUUCAUGCCUUACCUUACGUCUGUCUUUCCAUAUUUCUCUCUUCCUUAUUAUUCCCUACCCCUAUCACUACUCAUAUCACCUUAUUAUCUCUUACUCCCUAUCUUUACUUAUUCCCUCCCCUUACCAUCUCUUAUACUUACCUAUUAUUCUUAUUUAAUCUCUUACCGUAUCAUCUCUUCCUACUUCUUUCCUCACCAUAUACCCACCCCCUUCUUAUCACCACCUUAUUCCUCCCCGACCUCGCUUCUGUCUUUCAGAAGAACUCUCCUUACUUA